AUCGUUUCAGUUGAUUGCAUGUGCAUGACAGUGUAUUGAGUUGUAAUUGAACUUAUAAUGUAUCGCCUUCCGCUUUAUCGUUCGAGGAAAUCACGUCCGAUGUUAACGGUAUUUUAAAAAGAUGUUAAUUUGUACUACGAUUAAUUCAAGUCUCAAGUCUGUUCUUCUUUGCGAACAUUGGUGUAAUUUAAAACUCCCGCUUUGAACAUUCAAUACAAAUCGAGCGCCACAUUGCAAAUUGACGAUCAGGACAACUAACUGGCGUCGAAAAGACGGCUGAUGGUAGAAGCCAAGUCAACCCAAGCAACUGUUAUUUUCCCAAGAACUCACUUGUUAACAUUAUAAACGAACCGACCGUUAAUUAGUGCUGCAUUUUUUAAGUUUAGUGAGUGGGUUUUCAUUUAAAAAUGGACGCUGACGAGGGCGAAUCGUCAAGUGGUGGUCCUAUGUCAACACUGAACAGUUUGUUUUCCUUCACAAGUCCGGCAGUUAAAAAACUCUUGGGAUGGAAACAAGGUGAUGAAGAGGAAAAGUGGGCAGAAAAGGCAGUAGACAGUUUGGUAAAGAAGCUUAAGAAACGAAAAGGAGCUAUAGAGGAACUUGAAAGAGCACUUUCUUGCCCAGGUACUCCAAGUAAGUGCGUCACUAUUCCUCGAAGUUUAGACGGUCGUUUGCAAGUUUCCCAUCGAAAAGGUCUUCCUCACGUUAUUUAUUGUCGCGUGUGGCGAUGGCCUGAUUUACAAAGUCAUCACGAACUCAAACCCCUUGAGCAGUGUCAAUUUCCAUUUUCUUCAAAACAGAAAGAGGUUUGCAUAAAUCCUUACCAUUACAAACGUGUUGAAAGUCCAGUGUUGCCGCCAGUACUGGUGCCAAGACACAAUGAUUUUGUACCUGGUCAUUCGCUGCUUCCUUUUCAACAGUUGGUUGAGCCAAAUAUGCCGCACAAUGUUCGCUAUUCACAGAAUGGUUUCAGUACAAAUAACCUUAAUCCUGGAUCACCCAUUUCAAGUGUGAGUAGUCCAGGAAGUGUCAGUUCAAACAAUCCACAAUCUCCUUAUGCAAAUCUAGCAGAGACACCUCCACCUGCUUACAGUCCUACAGAUGAGAAUAACACUAAUGGUAACAAUAAUGUUCAACCCAUUGAGUCUCCACAACCCGCUUUGACGGAUGUGCAAUCUGUAGCUUACCAAGAGCAACCAUUCUGGGCUUCCAUAGCUUAUUACGAAUUGAAUUGUAGAGUGGGUGAGGUGUUUCACUGUCACAGUACAUCUGUCAUUGUGGAUGGUUUUACGAAUCCCAGUAACAAUAGCAGUCGGUUUUGUUUGGGGCAGUUGAGUAACGUAAACAGAAAUUCUACGAUAGAGAACACGAGGAGGCAUAUAGGAAAGGGAGUACAUUUGUAUUAUGUAAAUGGUGAAGUUUAUGCAGAAUGCUUAUCAGAUUCGGCGAUUUUCGUGCAGUCGCGCAACUGCAAUCACCAUCACGGUUUCCACCCAUCAACUGUGUGCAAAAUCCCAGCAGGAUGCUCUCUGAGAAUAUUUAAUAACGCCGAAUUCGCUCAGUUACUCUCACAAUGUGUCAAUCAUGGCUUUGAAGCUGUAUACGAACUAACAAAAAUGUGCACAAUCAGAAUGAGUUUCGUGAAGGGUUGGGGCGCGGAAUAUCACCGGCAAGAUGUCACCAGUACCCCUUGUUGGAUAGAGAUACAUCUUCACGGGCCAUUACAAUGGCUCGAUAAAGUUUUAACGCAAAUGGGCGCGCCACACAACGCCAUUAGUUCGGUUUCGUAAGAGAAAAUUCUGUUUUUUGUUUGUUCAGUUGUUUUAUUUUUUAAAAAUAAAAAAAUGUGCAAAAUAAUUUCGGUUGGUCGGUUCUGCUUUUUGAUAACACUUGUAUUCGCAAGAUAAAAAGAUCCAUUUAAAAUGCAUCUAUCUCGCUUGCCAACACAAGUUUCAAGAUGAGAAUUGGUUCAGAAACCAUAUUAUUAAAGAAAAUUGAAAAACGCGAUGGAUCUCUCAACAUUAUUAAUUAAUAGCGUAUAGUUUAAUACAUACGUAAAUGCAGUUAACGAUUAUAUAAUGAUAAUUUUUAGUGUUAAGGAAGGAUCCUUAUUAUUAUGUGUAUAUUAUUAUUCGUUAUUUCGUUAUGUUUUUUUAUAAUUCCAUUUUCUGUUAAACGCACAAAGAGCCGCCCAUUCGUGUGUCGCGAUGCCACUUGUUCAAUUAAUUUUUCUUUGAAUAUACAGGGUGACCGAAGCUUAUAUAUUUUUCGAACUAUUACUAAAACGUUGUUGUGUAGGACGUAAGAAAACGUUAUUUACAACCUAACGAAAAGUUUUGUUACAAACAAACACAUUUUGCGAGGGACCAACACAUUCUUGGAGUCAUUGUUUAAUAAGUUUUAGAAUGUGCAAUUUUUUCAGAACGACCACGUGCAAUAUCAUCAAUUUUGCAAUAAGUUAUUUCCAAAUAGGUAACUUCACAAAAAUUUAUUAUACAAUAAUAAAAAAUGUAUUAUUUAAUGAAGAAUUGAUGCUUUCGUGUUUGGUGAGCCCUGGGUUUGUCUCUGACUGUAGGACAUAUAAUUUCAGUGGAUUCAGCGAUUAUGUCUCUCAUGUCUGACGGAUUUGAUUAGUACCAACCCGGAAAGAGCGAUUCUUUAUUAGAAGACAAAACUUAGCACUUUGAAGGUACCAUUUAUUUAUUUGUGCAAUAAUCUGUUGUUACUUUUUUUUAAAUAUCUAUUCUAUUGAACAAUGAUCCAAAUUAAUUACAUAAUGAAAUUGUAUGUUUAUAACGAAGCUUUCGUUGUAGGUACAUAUAUUAAGAAGUGUCUUAAAUACGAUAAAUUAAUUAUACACACAUACACACACGAACACAUUCACAUUCAUACACUCAACACGUGAAACAUGUACACAUUUACAAUUACAAAAAACACCACAAAAAGACCCAAGUGCUUUAUUGUGACGAAGUGUGCAUGCCUUAAGGUGUUGCCUUAUUAUACCUGAUGUUGUAUUCGGAUACCCUGUAUAAUAAUAGUAGUACAUAUGCAAUUUAGAAAAAAUUAUAAGAAGACAAACGUGUCUUCAUUAUUAUAUAUGAUGAUGUUCAUAAUUAAAAAGAGGAAAUAUUUAAUUAAUGACUAUAAUGUGUAUGUAUUAAUUGUGACCCAAAAAACAUCGGUAAUAUGCUUUUGCGAAAUUGUUAGUUAAUUACUAUUUGUUUUUCAUUUUAGUGACCAAAUAUUGUAGAGGUAAGAUUGAUUUUAAAUACGUAUUUAUGUUAUUAUCAUUGAUAUGUGAAUUAUUAAUAAAAAAUAGGAUUUUUUGAAAUGAUAGUUUGUGUUUAGAUUAAUUCAAGCAAGAUUGCUUUGUUAUUGGAAAUUCCACUUGUCCAAAUUAGUUAAAAAGAAAAAAACAAUCAACUAAAAGAAAAGGAUUAAAAUGUGUAAUUGAUAAAUUAGAAGUAAGACGUAAAAAUGUGGUACUAGUAAGUGCGAAAUUUUAUCGAAUUUUAAUUGCAAAAUAUAGAUUAAGUUUUAAAAAAUGUUGCCAUCUCUUGCUUGAUAUAUAUUUUUGUUUAAAAUUAAUGCAAUAUUUGAUGCAAUCUUAUAUAUUAUUUUUUUGUUAAUAUUUUAUAUAAUUUCAAAACAUUCUAAGUAAAGAUAUACAGUUGUAUAA